CUUACCUAGUAGGCUAGUAGCCUAGUACACAUAGGUUCAGAAGCAAGUCACGACAUCCAAGAAUCUUCGGCCUAGAACGAAGGUUGAUGUUGUUUUAAACGCGUUGCUUUCUUCUCAGACUACUCUGCACUCGCCUUCUUCAAUCCCACUGAGCAAAUGAGUCGCCACCCUGAAGUUCUGUGGGCACAGCGUUCUGAUAAGGUUUACCUUACUGUUGCUCUACCUGAUGCCAAGGAUGUUUCUGUGAAGUGUGAACCUCAUGGAUUGUUCAGUUUCUCUGCUUCUGGUGUUCAACAUGAACCCUACAGCUUUAGCUUAGAACUUUAUGGAUCAAUUGAGCCAGAGGGUUGUAAAAUUAAAGCUGGCUUAAGAAACAUACUAUGCUCAGUUCAAAAAGGCCAAAAAGGUUGGUGGAAGAGGCUACUGAAGUCUGAAGACAAGCCUGCACCCUACCUGAAAGUUGAUUGGAACAGAUGGUGUGAUGAGGACGAUGAAGAGUCAGCUUCUGAUUUGGCAUCUGAUGAUGAUGCGCCGUUUGGUCAAGAUGAUGGAAGCAGUGAUGAUGACGGAAUGUUGUAUCUCCCUGACUUGGAAAAGGCUAGGGGCUAGUAACUUUUAGCAAUACUAACAAAUAUUUAUGAAGCUUGAUGGAGAUGGAAUCAUAUGGAACUAUUUAGAUAGGUUCAUGGAUAGACUACUUGAUAAAAAGCAUUGUGAUGUAAUUGUAGCUGUUCUGUAUAUAAAAUGUUCUGAAAACUUACUCUUGAUUUUCUUUGAUUUCUUAGCAUCAAUUCAGGUGAGAUUUCUAUCA